AUGGCAGAUAACAUCGACAACAAGGGGAUAUCGGCACAUAAUGAAAUCGAAAGCCUGAACCUGCCUCCUACUUCACACAAGUUCAGGUUUUCUGAGAAGUCCAAACACCAGAAUGGUGAUGUCGCGCUGAAGCUUUUCGCCAAUGCAGACGAUCUGCAUGUUCCGAUUGAUGAGGCAGAAGAAAAGAAACUCAUCCGCAAAGUCGACUUCUUGAUUCUUCCUCUGAUCGCUGUCAAUUAUGCCUUCUUCUACAUCGACAAGACGACUCUGUCCUAUGCCGCUAUAUUCGGUAUCCGCGACGACCUUCACCUGCAUGGAACCCAGUACAGUUGGCUCAGCAGUCUUUUCUAUUUUGGCUUCCUGGCAUGGGCGUUUCCCACCAACUUCUUGAUGCAAAGACUCCCGCUGGGCAAAUACCUGGGUUUCAAUAUAUUCAUGUGGGGAUUCUUCCUCAUGCUACAGGCUGCUUGCAACAGCUUCGCCACACUUGGUGUCCUGAGAGCCCUCGCCGGCGCAGCUGAAGCAUGCUCAGACCCCUCUUUCAUGCUCAUUACCUGCAUGUGGUAUACCCGACGGGAGCAGCCAUUGCGCAUUGGACUAUGGUACACAGCAAAUGGUCUCGGGAUCGCACUCGGUGGCCUUCUCGGCUACGCCAUUGGUCACAUCAGAGGAGCGUUGGCAUCAUGGAGGUACGAGUUCAUCAUCAUUGGUACGCUCUGCUGCACGUGGGGAAUCGUCAUUGCAAUCUUCAUGCCCGAUAGCCCCGUCACGGCCAAAUUCUUGAACGAUCGCGAGAAGAGAAUUGCCGUUGAGCGGCUGAUGGGUAAUCAAACUGGGGUGGAAUGCAAGAUUCUAAAGCCCUACCAAAUCUGGGAGGCCUUCACAGAUAUCAAACUAUACCUGUUCUUCAUCCUGGGCGUCGUUGGAAACAUACCAAAUGGAGGUAUUUCGAACUUUGGCACUCUCAUUAUCAAAGGCUUUGGAUUUUCAACGCUGGUUACCACGCUAAUGCAGAUUCCCUAUGGUGUCUUCAUCAUCCUGUCGAUCUUGACGUGUGUCUUCCUGAACAACCGCUUCCCCAACAACAACCGCUGCAAAUUCAUCCUGCUAUUCCUGUGCCCCAACAUCGCCGGCGCUUUUGGAUUGUGCUUUGUCAACGAGAAACACCACGUCGGCCGCUACUUCUGCUACCUACUCACGGGCCCUUACAACGCGGCCUUUGUGAUGAUUCUGUCCCUCCAGAUCGCGAAUACCGCGGGCCAUACCAAGAAAGUCGUCACCAACGCUGUCCUGUUCUUGGGGUAUUGUACCGGAAACAUCGCCGGCCCGUUCUUCUACAAGACAGAUCAAGCGCCCGGAUACACGCUGGGCAUUUGGAGCAUGAUCGUCAGCCAUCUCCUCGAAGUCUGCGUCAUCAUCACCUUCUGGAUGCUGAUGAAGUACGAAAACGCCCGCCGCGACAAGAUCCAGGGCCACCAGGAACGCGACCUCGACGCCACGGCGUUCGGAGACCUGACGGACCGGGAGAAUUUGAACUUUCGGUACAUCUACUGA